AUGAUUGAGGCGCAGACCGAGGCCAUGGUGAAUAUGGGCGUGUCUGAAAGCGCCACCAAGGAGCGGUCACUGCAACAGAGCGAAUCGCUGCUGAGUGAUAUGAAGAGUUUUAAGGCGGCCAAUCCCGCGUGUGAGCUGGGAGACUUCGUGCGAUGGCACUCGCCCCGAGACUGGAUUGAGGAGGAAGUCGCAGAGGACG